UUUUGCGUUUUUUUCUUGUUGAACUUUGCCGUCGUGUCGCUUUCUUCGGGGUUAUUGCUUAAAACAAGCAGUUUUUAGGGCUAUAUUUUGUGAUCGGCGGACGCACAAGGAAGCAAUCAUGGGCCUGCUGUACGCGUUGCGUGUUAGAAUCAUGAACUUCAUGAUUUUCUUUCUCAUUAUCAUCCUGCUGCCCGGCCUGCCGCCGCGCACCACCUUUCCCUUCAAGGAAUAUAUAGUGACUCCGCCUAAGGACUUAAAGGGCGCCCUGGAACAGAACUUUCACCUGGAAGGCGCAGAGCGUUUACUUGAGGGACGAGUUUAUGGCCCAGAGUGCCUGAUAGCCCGCAACAACGAGAUCUAUACCGGCAUCCAUGGUGGUGAGGUCAUCAAGCUAACUGCAAACCAUGUCACUCAUGUCACUAAGAUCGGUCAGCCCUGCGAAGACAUCUAUGAAGAGUCCAGGUGCGGUCGUCCUCUGGGUCUGGCCUUUGAUACGCUGGGCAACAACCUCAUUAUCGCCGACGCAUACUACGGCCUGUGGCAGGUGGAUCUUGGUACCAACAAAAAGACCCUGCUGGUCUCCCCCGCCCAGGAGCUCGCCGGCAAAUCCAUCAAUCGUCCUGCAAAGAUUUUCAAUGGUCUGACUGUCAGCAAACAGGGCGACAUCUAUUGGACAGACUCAUCAUCGGACUUUACUAUUGAAGACCUCGUUUUUGCCAGCUUUGCCAACCCCUCGGGCCGUCUCUUCAAAUACGACCGCUCAAAGAAUGUAAGCGAGGUGCUGUUAGACGAACUGGUCUUUGCCAACGGCUUGGCCCUAAGCCCCAACGAGGACUUCAUCGUGGUCGCCGAGACCGGAGCUCUGCGCCUGACCAAGUAUUACCUAAAGGGAGUGAAAGCCGGACAAAGCGAGGUGUUCGUUGAUGGACUGCCGGGUUUGCCCGACAACUUGACUCCAGAUGCUGAGGGCAUUUGGGUCCCGUUGGUCGUGAGCUCGGACAGCGAUCAUCCAAAUGGCUUCACCCUGUUUACUCGCUUCCCCAGCGUGCGCCUGUUCCUUGCCCGCAUGUUGGCUUUGUUUGAGCUGCCCUUCCGGUACCUGAACAGCGUUUAUCCUAACAAGUUCUCGCAGCGAUUCGUCCACUUCGUGGGUCACAUGGAGAGCAUUGGUGUGUUAGCGCCAAAGCGCUCAACAGUCGUGCGCGUGGAUUGGAAUGGCAACAUUGUGGGCUCCCUGCACGGCUUCGACAAGUCGGCUUCUGCUGUUUCUCACGUGCUGGAGUUCCAAGACUUCCUAUUCUUGGGCUCACCUACCAAUCAGUACCUGGCCCGUGUGAAGUCGCCAAAGACCAAGCAGGCCACCGUCAAGGUGCGUAAUGUUCGCGUCGAGGGAGAGGGUCUGGAGGCGUCCAUCGGUGUGCCACCCAGCACUACCACACCCAAGCCAAAGGUGGCAUCCACUACAACCACGCCAAAACCUACAACGACAACUACCACUACAACAACCACGCCAAAACCCACUACAACGACGACUACAACUACCAAGAAGCCAACUACUACAACGACCACCACCACAACGACCACCACCACAACAACUACGACCACCACACCUAAGCCAACAACCACAAAGCCGCCGACAACUAAGCCACCUACGACUACGACAACCACAACGACAACUACUCCCAAGCCAGCUACUACGACAACUCCCAAGCCAUCGAAACCGACCAAAAAGCGCACAGUGCCUGAUAAACCCGCCCCCGUGGAGGAGGAUAUUCCCUCGGACACUAAGCCACCGCAGAAGGAGAAGCUCAAGGUUAUUAACAAGCAGGGCGUCAAUGUGGAGCUCUAAGAUCGCAGAUGAAGCACUAACCUCCUGAGUUUAUCAGGGAUAUUCCCAGACGAGAGAUUAGUUUGUUCACGUAGUCAAAGCCCAUAAUGUUUAUUAUCUUUUCCCUCCAAAAUCUCACCUAUUUUUGGGGAAUAUCCAGGAAGUUUCUUAUUAAUCAUGCCCAGAAACUCAGGCUCAAAAGGCCAGUUAAUUUUAGUCGAAAUGUAGCUAAAUUCUGACUAGCUGGAUGCCUAACUCAAAUGAUCCUCGAAGGGCAGCGCUUUAUAUGUUUUGAUUUUGCAUAUAAUUCGAUUUUGCUUAGGCACUUUAUACAUUCCAUUACCCUAUCCAACCGGAAGUGCAUUCCAUAUAGUUAGGUUUAAAGUAAACAAUGCGUCUCUAAAUUGUUGAAAACGAGCAACUUUUGAUUUUGUACUGAUUUUUUCUUAUUUUCAUUAAAAAUAAAGGUAUUUUGUAAACAUA